AUGCCACUUGGUCUAGGCAAAGAAGACAGUGAUCAGGAGGACAAGUUUGAAGACGCUCACGAAACCAUCCCUGUGGCAACAACAAUGAAUCUAGUCACUUCCUUGGAAGAAUGCACAACUGCAUUGUAUUUAUUUCUAAACAACAGAUUCUCCGAUGCAAUAAAUCUCCUUCAUCCAUGGUCUAAAACCAGUAUAUACCAUGCGCUCAUAUAUGGUAUCCUUAUGGUUGUCAAGGCCAUCCUGACUUUUGAUCCACAGGAUAAACAGAUUGGAAUGGCCAUUGUAAAGGAAGCUUUGAAAACCUGUAACAGUUUCCGGAGAAAACCUAGAGUAAUACCAUUAUCUCAUCUAGUGAGCAAAGAAGGAAUAAAGGCUAUUAGCGAAGAGGAAUUGCAUGCGGAAGUCUGUUAUGCUGAGUGUCUGAUCUUGAAGUCCUUCAUAACAUUUAUACAGGAUGAAAGCAUGCUUGGCUUUCUUAAAGGCGGGAUCAGUAUUGGGGCAAGUUACCAAAUAUACAAAGACUGUCAACAAGUGUUAACGCAGAUACCUAACGACCAAAGCAAAGCCCACAGACACCUGGUUGGAGGUAUACAAUUUGGACUUGGAGCAUUCAACUUGAUGCUUUCUCUUGUGCCACCAAAGACACUUAGACUACUCAACGUGGUUGGAUACUCUGGUGACAGAGAGGUAGGCUUGGCUUUGCUUCAUGAGAGUACAUCUGAAAUGCAUAUCAAUAAUUUCUUAAGCGUUUUCACUCUCCUCUUUUAUCACAAUUAUAUCAGCAUAUCUUAUGGUGUUGAAAUGGGUAACAAUUCUGCUGGUGAGCAUCUCCUCCUAAUCUACCUCCAGAAAUUUCCAAACUGUGUCAUACUUAAAUUUUUCCAUGCACGUUCUAGUAUGCUAAAGGGAAAGUUUGAAAAUGCAGAGGCGAAACUACAUGAGUGCAUUUUUACUCAGAAUGAAUGGAAUCAGUUUCACUACCUCUGUUACUGGGAACUCAUGUGGUGCCGUAUUUUCCUGCAGGAUUGGAAGCAGGCUUACCACUAUGCCCAUCGCCUAUCUCAACACAGCAGGUGGUCCAAGGCCACGUUUGUGUACAGUAAAGCUAUCCUGCUGCCCUUGCUUCCUGCUGAUUUCGUGAAAUCAGUAGAUGAGGAUAUGAACUCUCUCUUCCUGCAAGUGGAUGGCCUGAGAGCCAGAUUUCUAGGCAAUUCUGUGCCCAUAGAAAAAUUUAUUGCUGUGAAGGGUCAGCGCUACGGUACGACUGUAGGCUGGUUUACAGCCCAGCCCCUUCUGGAAUUCAUUUAUGCCUGGAGUGGUUUCCAAGUCAUGAGCCAAAAAACGGAGCUUAUUUCAAGCUGGUUAUCAAUAAUUGACAAAGGAGAAGACCUCUUACAAGAAAAUCCAAAUAAUGAGUAUGCCACAGAUGACAUGAGUUUGUUAAAUUUGCUGAAAGGUGUGUGCCUGAAACACCUAGGCAAAUAUUCAAAGGCUGAGCAUUACUUUAAUCAUGUCAUUCAGAAGGAGAAAUUGUUAAAAUAUGACCACUACUUGGUGCCAUACAGUUACUAUGAACUGGGAAUUCUACACUAUCUGAGAGGAGAUUAUGCCAGUGCAACAAAAAACCUACACAACAUAAAAAACCACAGAGACUAUUUAAUGGAAACCCGGUUACAGUUUAGGGCUCACGUAGCCCUUGAACAAAUAGCUAAAAAAAACUGA